AUGGGACAGGCUCUGACACACAUCCUGGAGAAAAACUUCAAACCUGAGGUUGGGAUGCGAGAGGACUCACGAAAAAUUGGCAUCCUCUUUACAGAUGGAGACUCCUUCGAUGACGUUGACAUGCCGUCACAAAAUCUGAGGGAUAACGGCACUGAGCUGUACACCAUCGUGACUUUGAUGAUCUGCUUCUUCACCAGUCUCACUGACAACCUGUGUGACAGCAUCAAGGGUCCAGUACGCAGCAGUCAAACAGACUUCUAUCACUUCUCCCUACCUGAACAAGACGUCACCCUGCCCUGUGGUACUCCGUCCCCCUCUGGACCUCUCCCAUGCUCUGACAUGUCCUGGUUUUAUAGCAGAGCUUCAUCAGAGGCUUUUACUGAGGCCAACGAAGGAAAGGUUAAUCCCAGGUCCCUCCGAGCUGGUCGGCUGAGUUUGGACUCCGACUGUUCUUUGAUCAUCAAACGUGUCACUGAUGAGGAUGUUGGUCUCUACACGUGUCACCGUAAUUAUGAUGAUCGUUACAGCGUCAGAGUGUAUCUCAGUCUGUUUUUAAUCUCUCCAAAACCGACAGACUCUGAUCCAACGAGCAACAAUGAACUCCAGUUAGAGUGUUCUCUGUUCAGAUUCAGAGAUCUUCGUCUUUGUCCACCAUACCGUCUCCUCUGGGUGAAUGAGACAGGAGCUGAGAUUACUGACGGUGUUACAGAGACUUUCAGAGAUGAAGGCUGUUUCUCUGACCUGACUGUGACUCGUCAGAGCGGACACAACAAGACAUUCACCUGCCAGGUUGUUAAUGAGGAGAACAAUGUGGAGAUACAGGCCGACUACACACCUGUCUUCACAGACUGGUCUCCUCUGAGCUCCAUCAUGCUGGUUCUGCGUAUUUCAGCUCUUGUUUUGAUGAUCGUGAGCACUGUUUUGGUCUUCACCCUCAGAGGUAACAUCAAACCACGGCGUAAAGAAACCAGCAUGCAUGAGGAUGUCAUUGAAGCCAACUAUGAAAAUGAUGAAGCAUUUGGUGCUGCUUCCAUCGAACUGCAACAACUUCAAGAUCAAGAUUAA